CUUAUCUUCGAGAGAGUAAGAAGAAAACCAUGAUCCAUUUAACCAAGAUUCGGUUUAAACAACUUCACAACAGUUUCGUGUGUGCAUUUUCAGUCGCUUUCUUAAUGUCGGUUGAGAACAAACUCUCCUCGCAAAAGUACGAGAACAUCAUCGAGACGGACGGACGGAGAUAGCGAUAUCGGUUGAGAGGUGGUGGAAAAUAGAUAUAAUUAUUACGCUGGCUCUACGUACGUGUGUACUUCCCAAGAGAAAAAGUUGUCUCGCGAGUGAAGUUCCGUGGUCUCGAAUUUAUGCAAUCUACUACUUUUUAGGAGUAAAGUUACACACAUAAGUACAUUGAUACACGAACAUCGCAUCUCAUCUAUUGCUCCGCGUAAUAAAAAUCCUUGCCAAAUCUCGAUUUAUACUGCAUUUAGGGUGACAAAUUUCUCAUCGAUCCCACGCUCAGAGGUGAAUAAGUGCAAUCUUACACUUAUUAUUGGGACCAGUUUCCGAGUUAUUUUUUAUUCUUCCGUCGAGUUACCCAAAAAAAGAGGAAAUCUUAAAGGAAGCGUCGCAGGAGGCAGGAACGAGUCAAGUGGAGCGAGAUGAGUUCAAGUGGGAUUCGUGGGAUUCGUCGUAAAAAGUCCUCCUUGGGCGAGGUGAAAGUUGCCGUCGUGGGUGCGCCUGGAGUGGGAAAGAGUGCCCUAAUCGUUCGAUUUCUAACGAGGAGAUACAUUGGCGAAUAUGAUCAUCAAAAUGAAAAUCGUUACAAACACGAAAUGAUGGUGGAUUCAGAACCCGUCCUUUACGAAAUUCUAGAUUCUUGUCCAAAGACGGGGAACGAGCUCGUGUCGGCGGAGACGGUGCAAUGGGCGGACGGAUUUUUACUCGUCUACUCCAUAACUGAUCGACAGAGUUUCAAUUACAUCAAACGCGUGAAACAACAGUUGACAGAGACUCGGAGCAGCAACACCCUCACCGUCGCCAGCCCGCACGGUCUCUCCGCCAGUGGGAGUGCCGGAAACCUGCACUCGGGCGGCGGUGGGGGCUCCAACAAUAAUGGAGGCUUCAGCUUCAGCAGGGACAACUCGUCCUCCUCCUCCUCCCCCAGCACGUCCAUCGUCCUCGUGGCCAAUAAGGCGGAUCUGGUCCAUUUGCGACAAGUCAGCCAGGAAGAAGGAGAAACCCUUGCCAAGGAUUUGGACUGUUCGUUCGCUGAAGUCGCAGCGUCUGAGCAGGUCACUCAAGUUGCAGAAGUGUUUCAUGAGGUUUGCAGAGAGGUUCAGACAGCCCGUAGGAAGACCAAGCAGUCCUUGCUGGACCGAGUGCUGGGCAACAAGGCUGCUGCAGGAUUGAGAGUAUAUGCUCGAGGGAAAAGUGACAGCGCCCUUCCGAAAGAAAGCAAUUAAAACAAAAGUUAAAUAAAUCAAGGUGAAGCUAAUGCAUAGAAGCGAUGCUUCGGACAUAUUUUAUAAAAUAAGAACGUGGUGGUUUAAUACGUAACUCGAACCAUCAUCAGUUGCGGAGGGGUUUCUCAACUCUGCUAGUUUAUGUUAGAUGCAUAAUUCGAGGAUGCGAUUUAUCAUAAUUUGGAUGAUUUCCCUAGUUUUGUUUCGUCAUUUCGAUUAAUUUAUUGCACAUCAACGUACGUUUGGGAUCUCCAUACUCGUAGCAUAUUAAAAGUGUCAUCAAAACGUUUGGAGUCUCUCGCUUACCGCAACUUUUCGGUUGUCGUCAUGCUUUUUGUGCGGAUCACUUUCGAAAUGAAAUUUUAUACGUCUUCAAUAAAAAGAAGAUAUUGAAAUGUGAGAUCUUAACAAGAAUAUGAGAAUUUCGUCUGGAUUCUACCCCCUUCUUGUGCUUGCUGUAAAGGAAUACAUUUUGAAAUUCGAACUUGCACACAUGUAUAAAUAACCACUUAAAGUACAGAAUAAUUUGAAAUUCCAACUUUGUGUAAUGGUAAUACUAUUUUUCUAAAUAAAGAUCAAGUACCUGUUGUUGUUGAUUUGAAAUAAAAUAUUUCCCAAGACGUUAUUAUUGUUA